AUUACUUUCUUCUUUUAUUAAUUGCAUAUUUAGAUAUCAUGAUAUACUAAUGUAAGUAAUGGUAGAAUUGGGGAAAUGUUUGCAGUUAAACGGUUCCUGCACACGGGUUGACAAAUUGCUUUGACUCUGUUCUGUCAAUAUAAAGAUAAUGAAAUUUCCAUCUCUUUUCAUCACUGUAUUCUUUAUCGAUAACGAUUAAUAUUCAUAAUGGAUGGUAAAACAAUUGGUAUUCUUGGUGGUGGUCAAUUAGGCCGUAUGUUGGUGGAAGCUGCUCAUAGAUUAAAUAUUAAAACCAUUAUUCUCGAUGCCCCUAAUUCUCCAGCUAAACAAAUUAAUGCAUUAGAUUCUCAUAUCGAUGGUAGUUUUACUGAUUUGGAUUCAAUUACUAAAUUAGCUAAGAAAUGUGAUGUUUUAACUGUUGAAAUCGAACACGUUGACGUUGAAGCAUUGAAAACUGUAUCAUCACAAUUAAAUAUUCCAAUUUACCCAUUACCAGAAACAAUCAAAUUAAUUCAAGAUAAAUUUUUACAAAAAAAACACUUGAUAAGUCAUGAAGUACCAGUUGUUGAAAGUUAUUCAGUAGAAGAAAAUACAAAAGAAAACUUAUUACAAAUUGGUGAUAAAAUCGGUUUCCCAUUCAUGUUGAAAUCAAGAACUUUGGCUUAUGAUGGUAGAGGUAAUUUUGUAGUUAAAUCCCAAGAGUCAAUCGAUGAAGCUUUGAAAUUUUUAAGUAAUAGACCUUUAUACGCCGAAAAAUGGUGUCCCUUCACUAAAGAAUUGGCAGUUAUGGUUGUUCGUUCAAUUGAAGGGGAAGUUUUCUCUUAUCCAACUGUGGAAACUAUUCAUCAAAAUAAUAUUUGUCAUUUGGUUUUCGCCCCAGCUCAAAUUAACCCAAGUUUAAGUGAAAAAGCUUCGAUAAUGGCUAAAAAUGCAGUUAAAUCAUUCCCUGGUUGUGGUAUUUUUGGAGUUGAAAUGUUUUUAUUACCAAAUAAUGAAUUAUUGAUUAAUGAAAUUGCUCCAAGACCUCACAACUCUGGUCAUUAUACCAUUGAUGCUUGUGUUACUUCUCAAUUUGAAGCUCAUGUCAGAGCAGUGGUUGGUUUACCUUUACCAAAAAAUUUCACCUCCUUAAGUACUCCUUCAACAAAUGCAAUCAUGUUAAAUGUCUUGGGUGAUGUUAAAGAAACAAAUAAGGAAUUGGAAAUGUGUCGUAAAGCUUUAGAAACUCCUAACGCUUCAGUUUACUUAUAUGGUAAAAGUUCUAAACCAAGUAGAAAAAUGGGUCACAUUAAUAUAAUCUCUUCUUCAAUGGAUGUUGCUGAAGCAAAAUUAAAUUACAUAAUGGGGGAAACUUCCGGUGUCUCCUUACCCCUGGAAAUUAAAGAAAAACCUUUGGUUGGUAUAAUUAUGGGCUCGGAUUCAGAUUUACCAGUUAUGUCAGUUGGUGCUAAUAUCUUGAAAAAAUUUGGAGUUCCUUUUGAAGUCACAAUUGUAAGUGCCCAUCGUACUCCUCACCGUAUGUCCAAAUAUGCUAUUGAAGCUUCUGAAAGAGGUUUGAAGUGUAUCAUUGCCGGUGCUGGGGGUGCUGCCCAUUUACCUGGUAUGGUUGCCGCAAUGACUCCUUUACCAGUCAUUGGAGUUCCAGUUAAAGGCUCAAGCUUAGAUGGUGUAGACUCUUUACACUCCAUUGUUCAAAUGCCUAGAGGUAUCCCGGUUGCCACUGUUGCCAUCAAUAACAGUACCAAUGCUGCUUUGUUGGCUGUUAGAAUCUUGGGUGCAAUUGAUCAUAAAUGGUUAAAUGAAAUGAAUCAAUACAUGAUCAAUAUGGAAUCAGAAGUCUUAAACAAAGUCGAAAAACUAGAACUGGUUGGUUACGAAAACUAUUAAAAGUAUUUUAUCCAUCUCUGGAAUUUAUCCAUCUCUAGAUUUUAUCCAUCUGUGGAGUUUAUCCAUCUCUAGAAUUUAACAUCUCUAGAAUUUAACAUCUCUAGAAUUUAACAUCUCUAAAAUUUAUCCAUCUC